GUUUGUCACAGAGCAGCAACAACAACAAUAAUCUUCACUCGUAACCCAUAAAGAAACCCGUUUAACUUUACCUUUAUAUAUCUAUUCGGUUUUACGAAAAAGAAAUGUCCUCUAAUCCUGAACCGGAUGCAGAUGCGAUUCGCGACAAGCGACUUGCUAGGCUUGCACGACUUGGGGGAUCCUCUUCGCCCAAACCCUCUGCCAUUCCCCGCGAUGGAGAAACGAGCAUGUCCCAGUCUGUCGAGCAAGAGAAAGUAGCUCCGAGACCUCAGCCCCUGGCUCCUCCCAUCACAGGUCUUAUCACAGGGACGCCUACAAGUCAACUUCUGGAUAGACCAUCGGGCUCGACGUUGGAAGGAGUAGUUACAUCCCCGCUUUCAGAUACACCUUUGGCGGAAACGUCGUUACAAACUCAGCCAGCCGCAGGCAAUCCCUCUUUAGGCGCCCUUAUGGCUACGGAAGCAUGGGAAGAUAAGGCGCUGAGACAGAUAUUUCGAGUUGCUCUGGAGCCUGGGCCCCGCUCGGCUGGACUGUAUGUCUUGGAUGAUCUCCGUAAGGAAUUAGAAGAACAGUUGGAUAGUGAAGGUAAACGGCCACGCAUUGACGUUACGAUCCUUGAUCAGUUAAUACUCUCAGUAUGCGCUAGACCAGAAGUUGUUCCAAUGGAUUACCUUGUGGGGUCGUGGAGGAGAGCUUCAAACAUGCAGCGUACGAUGUCUGCAUCCCGAAUGGAUGAUCGCAAAAAAAAUAUCCUUCAAACAGCACAGAGACUUUGUCUCAAUUAUGGAGAAUAUUGUAUUUCCAUGCCGGACAUUUUCAAUAACGACCGCGCUUUUGUCCUACUAGCGGACCGGUUACAAACAGAUGCGGACGAAGAUCGUGGACUUCCUCAAGAAUUCCUGAACGAUCUCGUGAGCCGACUACCAGACUACCCUGACCUGAACCAAUACUUCCAGGAAACACUUCGAACUCUUAGUGGUAGAUUGAGUGAAAUGAGCAUGACAGACAACUACAAACCCCUUAUAACCGCUCUGGGGAGACUUAUGCAUCACAAGCCUAUCAUUGGCAUAUUAGUAGAUCUGCCGGAGUUUUUACCUCCCCCAGAAGAUGUUCCGGCCAACCUUUUGGAAAAGAAAACAAUUUUAGGCCCUUAUUUCCAGAUCUCACCCCUCCAGACAGCAGUCUGCAAAACCUACUUUACGGGUGCAAAGGCAAAAUCUCCGACAAGUAUCAACGACGCAACUAGAGCGUUGCGACUUUCACUCCAGACAUUGCAGGAUCAAUUAUAUCAGAUUGUUAUGAUGAUAAUUCGCGGUUCACCGGUGGCUAGGGCGAAGAUGCUUGACUUUUUUGCCCGUGUGAUCAAUUUGAAUUUGAAGCGUGGUGCUAUUCAGGUGGACCCCACCACCGUAGCCUCAGACGGUUUUAUGCUCAACAUCAACACUGUUUUGACCAAGCUUUGCGAACCUUUUAUGGAUGCAUCGUUCUCCAAAAUCGAUAAAAUAGAUAUCGAAUAUUUCAGACGGCAGCCGGGUUUAGACAUACACGAGGAAACGAAGAUAAACGUAGAUGAAAAUCAGGCAAACGAAUAUUAUUCUAGAAAGGUUGAAGGAUCGAAUAAUUUCAUAUCCGAGGUGUUCUUUUUGAAUGUUGCCGCUCACCACUAUGGUCUCGGGGCGACAGAGACCACACAUGACCAACUGGCAAAGGACAUUGGGGAGAUGGAAAAACAUCUUGAGAGAUUCGUGGCAGAAAGACAGAGGUGGCUUAACUCACCCCAGCUUGCAACAUGGGAUCGAAAUAUAGAGCGCAUGAGAGAACGAAUAGACCAAGGUAUAGCGUACAAAUGUGCUCUUGAAGUCUUCCUGUUUGAUGGUCUGUCGCAAACACGAACGCUUUUGUUCAUGCGGUAUUUAACAACCUGGCUGCUAAGGGUUGUUACACCGACUCACGGGUACCCGGAGAAGUUGAUCAAAUUGCCCCUUCCUAAAGAACCACCAGAACAGUUCAGUUGUUUGCCUGAGUAUUUCAUAGAAGAUAUUGGACUUUGCUUUGGAUUUGUGGGAAGGUAUCUCCCGGAAUGUAUUGUGACUACGCAAGUUGAUGAGCUCGUUAUCUUCUGCAUAACUUUUCUAGACAUGUCAACCUACAUCCGAAAGCCCAGCCUAAAGUCGAAGCUCGUGGAGAUACUCUACUAUGGUAUCAGUCCAUACCGAGGCAAGUCCACCGGUAUACUCGGUGAUGUCAUUAACAGCCACCCCUUUGCUCUCCAGAAUCUCAUGCAUGCCCUCAUGAACUUCUAUAUUGAGAUUGAGCGACAGUACUAUGAGAGGUUUACCGUUCGGUACCACAUCUCGGAGAUCAUCAAAUCGAUAUGGCCAAACCUUGCCUUCAGAGAAAAGCUAGAUCGGGAGAGCAAAGAAAACGUCGACUUUUUUGUUCAAUUUAUUGCGCUUCUUCUGGGUGAUGUAACAUAUGUCUUGCACAACUCUCUGAGCGCUCUGGCCGAUAUCCACAAGCUCCAGCUCGAGUUAGAGAAUGAGUCUUCAGAACUUACGACUCAGGAGAGAGCCGAUAAAGAGAAGGCGUUGGUUAAGGCUGAGCGAGACGCCACAUCUUACAUGUCCUUGGGCAAUGAAACGGUAGCAAUGUUGAAGCUAUUCACGUCAGCCAUUGCCGAUGCAUUUGUCAAGCCAGAGAUUGUUAAUACAUUGGCCGGCAUGUUGAAUUUUAAUCUUGAAGCCCUUGUGGGCCCAAAAUGUAACAACCUUCGUGUACGCAACCCCGAGAAAUACAAAUUCAACCCGAAGGCCCUACUUUCGGAAAUCACGGACGUCUAUCUCAACCUGCGAACAUUCAAGCCGUUCGUCAAAGCGAUUGCGCUCGAGGGCCGUUCCUACCGCCCGGAAUUAUUCACCAAGCUCCAGAGCGUCUUAGAAAGGAGCAACCUAAAGGGGACACCAGACAUCGCAUUGUUGGCUAAACUUGCCGCUAACAUAGAGGAGACUAAGAGAAGGGAGGAGGAGGGUGAGGUGGAGCUCGGUGAGAUUCCGGAUGACUUUCUGGAUCCAUUGAUGGCAACAUUAAUGGAAGAUCCUGUCAUCCUCCCCUCUUCCAGAGUCACUAUCGAUCGCCAAACUAUUAGAAUCCAUCUCCUGGGAAAUCCUCUAGACCCCUUCAAUAGGUCCCCACUGAAAGUUGAAGAUGUCAUUUCGAACACCGAACUCAAAAACCAAAUACAAGCAUGGAUCAAGGAGCGACGUGCAAAAGGCACUAUCAAGGACGACAACGGUGACGAGGAAGCGAUGGACCUUGACCCCUAAACCUUUAAUGAGGUGGGUUACAAAAAAGGCUUGCUCCUACAUUUUAUAAGCACCAUAAAACAAAUGGGGCACAUGGCUAUUAUUAAAUGUGAACCCAAAUAAUGGAGUGCACACCUAUUUGAACUGUUCUUUUUUGCCACAUUAAUUUUUCAUUUUCAUUGCUAUGAUACUUCCACCAUUGAGUCAUUGCCAAUAAAGAUGUUGUACCGUACGUAAUACAAGGAGUUUUUUCUUG